AUGACCCAGGCAAUUGGCCUCCUAUCAGGCCCCGGCCAAUCAAGCUCCUUCAAGGACCUAUCCUUCUCGACGGACGGGAAGGACUCUUUUCCUUCGCCGGCGGCAUAUUCUGCAAAUCGUAAUUCGUGGGUUCACGUAUUCCCAGAAGCCUGUUGCCACCAGAGUCAUGAGAGCACUUUACGCUAUUUCAAAUGGGGCAUAUCGCGGCUCAUACUCGAAAGUGACCCGGCUCCAGAGUUUAUCCCAAUGUUCAUUCAUGGCACACAAGAUAUUAUGCCAGAAGACCGGGGGUUUCCAAGGUUCCUGCCUCGCAUUGGCAACAAGAUACGUGUUGUCAUCGGGAAACCAGCCAAUGUUGACACUGUCUUUGGACGCGAGCGAGAGAAAUGGAAACAGCUCGUGCAGAAGGGUGAUCCAGAGAUUCUCACCCACGGCCAUGAGGCUGUUCAGUUGAGAAUCCAGGUCGCAAAGUCGGUGCGAGACGAAGUUGCGAAACUGCGAGAAAGCAUAGGCUUGCCGCCUGAGCAAGAUGAAACAGCCGCUUUAGCUAGCACUUGGUCCAAGGAACCGAACAAACGAAAGUUCAAAAGUCCAGUCGAUGGCAGCCUUGUAAAUAGAGUCUAA